CAUCUCCAAGAAAAACCAAAACCACUCUUCUUGAUUCUUUCACAACUCACCAGAUUUCUCGAAACUUCCUCCAACGAUUUCUCUCUCUCUCUCUAGAAUUACUGCUAAGGUUUUCGAUUUUGGUGUUCGAUCAGUGAUCUGAACGGCGAUGAUGAUGUCUACGAUGGGCCGCGGUGGCGCCAGGAUGGCUGUGGCUGCUCUGGCGUUGCGCAAUUUCUCUUCGGCGACUGGCGGAGGAGCAGGCGCCGUCGCUCGGCAAGCUGCCUCGGCCGGUAUCGCGAGCGGCGGGGUCCAGGCUCCGAUUGCGGUCGGGGUCUGGGUUAGAGGUAUGGCGACGGCUACCAGCGGCGACCGGACCUUCGCAACGAUGACGCUGGCGGAGCAGGAACAGCGGGAAGAGAAGAAGCAGCCGCAGAUGGCAUCCGGCGGCGGCGGCGGCGGGAUGAACGGGGACGGAAACGAAGACAAGGAGAUUGUUAGUUACUGGGACAUACCGACUCGCAGGAUCCGAAAGGAGGAUGGAACAGAGUGGAAGUGGAAUUCCUUCAUGCCAUGGGAGACGUACAAAGCAGACACAUCGAUAGAUCUGAAGAAGCAUCACAAGCCAUCCACCAUGAUUGACAAAAUCGCCUACUGGACUGUCAAGUCUCUCCGCUGGCCAACCGAUUUGUUCUUCCAGAGGAGAUAUGGGUGCCGGGCAAUGAUGCUGGAAACGGUGGCGGCGGUGCCAGGGAUGGUGGGAGGGAUGCUGCUCCACUGCAAGUCACUAAGGAGAUUCGAGCACAGCGGCGGAUGGAUCCGAACCCUGCUCGAGGAGGCAGAGAACGAGCGGAUGCAUCUCAUGACGUUCAUGGAAGUGGCGCAGCCGAAAUGGUACGAGAGAGCGUUGGUGAUUGCGGUGCAGGGCGUCUUCUUCAAUGCCUACUUCCUGGGAUACGUCAUCUCCCCCAAGUUCGCGCACAGGAUGGUGGGUUACUUGGAAGAGGAGGCCAUUCACUCCUACACGGAGUUCCUCAAGGAGCUGGACAAGGGCAACAUUGAGAAUGUUCCUGCUCCUGCCAUCGCCAUUGACUACUGGCGGCUCCCGGCGGAUGCUACUCUGAAGGAUGUGGUGGAGGUGGUGAGAGCUGAUGAGGCCCAUCACAGGGAUGUCAAUCACCUUGCUUCGGACAUACACUACCAGGGGCAUGAGCUGAGGGAUACUCCGGCGCCGUUGGGGUAUCACUGAGUUGGAUUGGUUGGUUGGUUACUGCCGUGGAAUGGCGCAAUUAGAGAUUUGCAGAAGAUUUGAGUGAGAUGAUUAAUCUGGUUUACAAAUUGGUAAGUGUAAAAUGUGGUUUUUGUGGAUUCACUAUAUUCAUCUGUUCUUUGUCCUGCGUGUGAGCUCUACGUUUAAGGAUGUUGGCAUUUAGUUGAUUUCGUGGAUACAGUGCCUUAGCUGGGCUUGGCUUACCUUGUAAAUAUGAGUUGAUAUGAGUAAAAAUAAUCAUUUGUGGAGAAAUUGUUGAUGUUUACAUGGAGUGGUUAUACUAUUGGUUGGAUUAUACGGUUUAACAACAUUAGCACGACACGGUCCACUUAUAUAUUGUGUCGUGCCAGUGCCAGUGCCCGUGCCAUGAAGUUUAGGUCCGACACGGCCCAUAAUUAUUCGUGCUCGUGCUGGACUGACCCAUUUAUUUCGUGUCCGUGCUCACGUCAUGCUCUAAUCGUGCCGUGUCGUGCUAGCCCGUGGGCGGCACGGCACGAUGACCACGUAUAAAAGUAGCUCAUGGUCAUGGAUCAGGUGGAGUGUUUAUGGAGGAAAUCUGACUAUAAGUAUUGCAUCUUCUUUCUUUGACUAUACAUUUACUCCCCGCAUGUACAAGAGGAUUGACUAUUUAGUGGCUCAAAACAGUCUUUCAUCAAAAGUUAAUUAUCAACUCUAUUUUUUGGUUGAAUGUUGUGAUGUAACUAUCUAUUUUUGGACCAUUAUCUACGGGGGAAAACUCAUUACACGCCAAUUGUAGAGUUGGUGAAUUUGAUUUCCAACUCCUACAAAUCAAAAUGGAUGCAAACAACGUGCUUUAUCUUUGUACCAGUUUGCAAGUUUCAAUAUAUGGGAUUCAUCAAACUAUUUGCCAUCACCUGCCUUUCCCCGUAAUCGUAGUUAAACAAAUCUUAAAGCUACAG